AUGAUCGGAGCGGUCACUAUGGAUGAAGACAUGGCAUAUGCGGAUGAUAAACUUCAGUUGCCUUGGUGGUUGAUGCCUCGGAUCCACCCAAGACGUCGUCUGGGAGGCCGAAUUCCACAGCGACUGAGUGGUAUUGUCUCUAGAAAUGUCGAAGCGAUGAAAGCUAGAGCAGACAGAGAUGAGCCCUAUAGAAAGUCUCCGAGCGUAUUAGCUCUCAGUCUACAAGAUAUCGAAUUGCUUAUGCUUGAUAUCAUAAAAGAGAUAUACGAUCAGCUCAAAACGUUUCUUUUCGCUGGCCACGAUACCACAACUUAUCCGACGCUGCACGCCUUGAAAGCUGUUCGUGGUAAGCUAGAUAGUCUCUUUGGGCAGGGAGCCACACGAGAUCCGGCCAUCGUCCGCGAGAAACUGUUAUCCUCAGGUGGCGGCGAGAUUAUUUGUUCUUUAUUCAUCAUGACCCUGCUAUAUUUGGAGAUACAGCUGAAAACUUCGUUCCUGAGCGCUGGUUGGAGUUGCUGGAGAUCAUUCGAAAGGGGAUCAAGGAAUUGCAUUAGGCAGGAGCUAGCAAAUAUCGAAGCAUGCAUUAUCCUUGGUAUGCUUGCCUACCGAUACGAGUUCAUAAAGGUCUUCCUUGGAGAGGUAGACCUAGACAAUGAUAGUCUGCCGACGGUGAACACCAACGGUCAAAUCAAGGUCAAGUCGGAGUUAUACUCUAUCAUGGGCAAGCCUGUCGACGGAAUAGUAAUGAAGUGGUGA